AUGAAGAUAUCAAUAUUAAUUUUUUGUCUUGUUUCAUUAUUCAGUCAAGUACUAGCUGGAGGUCCUUCCAAGACUGAAAGAUAUGGUUAUCAAUGGAAAUAUAUUGUUUAUGCCUGUAAUGAAGCAGUUGAAGAGUAUACUUUUGGUGUCAAUGCUUCUUUGGGUUACUAUCCAAAAUUAUGUGGAUACCCACCUUUAACUGGUUCAAUUCUUAACUGUGCUGCUAAUUAUUUGGGUUCUGAAUCAAAAAAUUUUCAAAAAUCAAUGAAAAGAGUUCAAACUUUAUGUAAAGAAUAUGGUCACUUGAAUUACACUAUACCAGAAUUACAAGAUGUAUAUCAAAAUGCUACACAGUAUCUUAUUGAUCCAGAAAGUUUGACUGGUAACAUCACAGCAAUGAAAUUUUAUGAACCAAUUAACAUUUCCAAAGAAUCUUUAUUGAACUCCAUGUCUUACUAUGAAUAUUUAUAUUUCAAUUUUGAUGAAGCUUCAAUGCUUGCCGGUAUGAUGUACUUAUACUUUAUUUUGAUUUUUAUCAUUUUCGGUGCUGCAAAUUUCAUUAAGAGAUUAGGAUUCCAUAGAAAGUUCAAUAACAAAGUCAUUAACUGGUAUCGUGCAAAUAUUUCAAUUCCAGCUUUAUUUAAUGGUGAACAUACAGAAGCACCAUCACGUUGGAAAUUUUUCUCAACUUUGAUUCCUACAAGAGCUGAAUCAAUUGUUGUGUUUUUUUUCAUAAUGUUAAAUUUAUUACUUUCAACUGUUCAUUAUAGAUUUGCAGGUUAUGAAAUGACUUCAAGAUUCCAAGCUUUUACUAUUUUUGUUGCAGAUCGUGAGGGGCUUAUUGCUUUUGGUCUAAUACCAUUAUUGAUCAUAUUUGCAGGAAGAAACAAUAUAAUAACUUCACUUACUGGUAUUCCAUACACUUCAAUGAUUGUUUAUCACAAAUGGGUUGCAAGGCUAAUGUGGUUAGCUGCUAUGAUCCAUUCUGCAUGCUGGACUUCAUAUGCUGUCAAUAGAGGGUAUCUAAAGUCAUACUAUUCUGAAACGUAUUGGAAAUGGGGUGUUGUUGCAACAAUUCUUGGUGCUUUCAUAUUAAUACAAGCAUUCCAUUGCUUUAGAAAUAUGUCAUAUGAAGUAUUUCUUGUCACACAUAUUAUUCUUGCAAUUUUAUUCAUUGUUGGAUGUUGGUGGCAUUGUUAUGACAUGGGUUGGUUAGAAUGGAUUUAUGCAUCAUGGGCUGUUUGGAUUUUUGAUAGGGUGCUUAGAGUUAUUAGAAUGUGUAUUUUUGGGUUUAGAAAUGCUGAGAUUGAAUUGAUUUCAGAUGAUACUUUCAAAGUUUCCGUUAAGCAUGGUAAGUUGUUCGCACCGUUCCCAGGUUCAUAUGCCUAUGUUUAUUUCAUUACUCCUACAAUGUUUUGGCAAUCACAUCCUUUCACAAUUAUUGAUUCAGCUAUUGAAAAAGAUGUUACCACAAUCUAUAUCAAAACCAAAGCUGGUAUCACCAAAAGAAUCAACAAACAAUUAUCCAAAAUUCCAGGAAACAAAAAGACAAUUAGAGUUUCUAUUGAAGGCCCUUAUGGUCAUAGAGCACCAAUGGAAAAAUAUGACACAGCAUUAUUAUUAGCAGGUGGUAACGGUAUUCCAGGCCCAUAUUAUCACGCUAUUGAUUUAGCCAAACGUGAAUCAUCUACAAAACAACAAAUCAAAUUGGGAUGGGUCAUUCGUAAUCCUGAAGCUAUACUUUGGUUCCAUGAUGAAUUGAAAGCUCUUCAACAUACAAAUAUUCAAACAGAGAUAUACAUAACUGGGAAGAUGCCAACUGAUUGUUCUGAAAGUUUGGAAAAGAACAUCAGUACAGAUGAAAAGAAGGUAUCCACAGAUUCUGAUAGUUCGAAAGCUUCCUCCAUCACUGAAAUAAUAGACUCAUUAUCAAGUCAUAUUGCUUUCCAUUAUGGUAGACCUAACCUAGAGGAAAUAAUUGUGACAAAUUUCACAGAUGAAGCUGGUCCUUCUGUCGGUGUGAUGACUUGUGGUCCUCCAAAGAUGGUUGAUAUUGUUAGAGCUUUGACUGCUAAACAUUUACAAAGUGCCAAAGGUCGUAUUGACUUGUUCGAGGAAUUACAAGUCUGGUAA